ACUGCGCCGUCAUCCCGGCUAUAAGCGCACGACCUCGCGGCGCUGCGCUCCGACCCGGCCGCCGCCACCAUGCAGCCCCCCAGCCUGCUGCUGCUCGUCCUCGGCCUGCUGGCCGCGCCCGCCGCCGCGCUGGUCAGAAUCCCUCUGCACAAGUUCACCUCUGUCCGCCGGACCAUGACAGAGUUGGGGGGCCCCGUGGAGGAUCUGAUUGCCAAGGGCCCCAUUUCAAAGUAUGCCCAGGGGGCGCCCGCAGUGACUGGGGGACCCAUUCCUGAGAUGCUCAGGAACUACAUGGACGCCCAGUACUACGGCGAGAUCGGCAUUGGGACACCCCCGCAGUGCUUCACGGUCGUCUUCGACACCGGCUCCUCCAACCUGUGGGUCCCCUCAAUCCACUGCAAGCUGCUGGACAUCGCCUGCUGGAUCCACCACAAGUACAACAGUGGCAAGUCCAGCACAUAUGUGAAGAAUGGCACGUCCUUCGACAUCCACUACGGCUCGGGCAGCCUCUCUGGGUACCUGAGCCAGGACACCGUGUCGGUGCCCUGUAAGUCGGCUCUGUCGGGCCUGGCUGGCAUCAAGGUGGAGAGGCAGACCUUCGGGGAGGCCACCAAGCAGCCGGGCAUCACCUUCAUCGCGGCCAAGUUUGACGGCAUCCUGGGCAUGGCCUACCCCCGCAUCUCCGUCAACAACGUGCUGCCUGUCUUCGACAACCUGAUGCAGCAAAAGCUGGUGGAGAAGAACAUCUUUUCCUUCUACCUGAACAGGGACCCCAGUGCGCAGCCUGGGGGUGAGCUGAUGCUGGGUGGCACGGACUCCAAGUACUACAAGGGCCCCCUGUCCUACCUCAAUGUCACCCGCAAGGCAUACUGGCAGGUCCACAUGGAGCAGGUGGAUGUGGGCAGCAGCCUGACGCUGUGCAAGGGAGGCUGUGAGGCCAUCGUGGACACAGGCACCUCCCUCAUAGUGGGCCCCGUGGACGAGGUGCGUGAGCUGCAGAAGGCCAUCGGAGCUGUGCCCUUGAUCCAGGGCGAGUACAUGAUCCCCUGUGAGAAGGUGUCCACCCUGCCCGAUGUCACUCUGAAGCUGGGCGGCAAACUUUACAAGCUGUCCUCAGAGGACUAUACACUGAAGGUUUCGCAAGGCGGGAAGACCAUCUGCUUGAGUGGCUUCAUGGGCAUGGACAUCCCCCCACCUGGCGGGCCUCUCUGGAUCCUGGGUGAUGUCUUCAUCGGCUGCUACUACACCGUGUUCGACCGGGACCAGAACCGGGUGGGCCUGGCCCAGGCCACUAGGCUCUAGCCGCCUGCCCGCUGGAGAGGAAGGAGUCCAGCAGGAGGAGGCCAGCUGCCCCACCCUCCCGGCCGCCCCUGCCACACACACUCACGCUCAAACUCACACUCAUAACCCAGCUCUGUAGGCGCCGGCCUGCCGGGCUCGCCGUUCUGUUCUGUGGUUUUCCCCAGCCCUGGUUACAGAAAUGCUGCCUGCCCGCCCGCCCGCCCGUCUGUCUGUCUGUGCGAU